AUGGCUCCUCGACCUGCCAAACGGCAGCGCAGAUCUACCAUCGUCCUUUCAGACGACAGCGAUGAAGAGUCGGACCUCCGGGCGGCCAAACCCGGAAGAACGCAUUUCCAAAGGGAGAUCACACUCGAUGGCAGGACCUCUACAACGGUUUCUCCGGUGAAGUCUAAAGCCACCAAUUCUGCCUCCAAAAAGGCCGCAGCCAAACCCUCACCGGUAUCAUCACCUGAGAAAGCGAGAAAGAAUGCCACAAUCAAGGACGAGGCGGAAAAGAACAAGUCACUCCAUAACUUCUUCAGUAAAGCGACGGAGGAACAGAGGUGGAAGAGAAAGUCUGAGACACCAAACGUGGAGGUGGAGAAUAAUGGCGAGUUGAGCGAUGCCAUCGAAGACGACGAGCUCUCCGACGAAACCUUGCAGGAACUUGGAUUUAAUAGAGGCAGACCCAACAUCAACUCGGACCGACAACUCCCAGCUGUGGUGUCUGCGACAGGAAUCCUCAAGCGCCAUGCUGAUAGUAGCAGUUUGCCAUCCACCCAGAGAUUUGUCAAGCCUACAGCACCAGAUCGGAAUGUCAACAACUUUGGACAUCCAUCUCAAAUUGAUGAUCAAGACCAUCGCCCCUGGGCCGACCGUUAUGGUCCUACCAAUCUCGAGGAGCUCGUGGUCCAUAAGAAGAAGGUGGCCGAUGUUCGGAAUUGGUUGCAGGGCAGGAUGGAUGGGCACAACAACCAGAAACUGCUAAUCUUAAAGGGUCCGGCGGGCAGUGGCAAGACCACGACCAUCAGCCUGCUUGCCAAAGCACUGGGCUUACAGCUCGUCUCAUGGCACAACGCUGCUGUGUCAGAUAUGGGUGUGAACAAUUCACUAUCUGCACAAUUCGACGAGUUCUUGAAUCGAGGCGGGCAAUUCAGUAGUCUGGCUUUCAAUGAUGAUUCUCCAGAGGGGAAUGCAACCAAAGGAGAUCCAGGCGGCCGACUUCUGGUCAUUGAAGAGUUUCCAGCAACGAUCACGAGAUCUUCGAGUGCCCUUCAUUCAUUCAGAUCCGUCAUCCUGCAGUUUCUCGCUCGAGUGAGCAAGCCUCCCUCUAUGGCAUUUCGUGGUCAACAGGGUCCUAAGGACACAUCCCCACCUAUGGUCAUCAUCAUAUCAGAGACUUUAUUAUCUUCUUCCACAGCGCUGGUGGAUAGCUUCACAGCCCACCGACUGCUAGGUGCGGAGAUCCUGAAUCAUCCCUUUGUGACUGCCAUGGACUUCAACCCCGUUGCCCCUACGUUCGUCACAAAAGCGCUGGACCUAGUGAUGAAAAAGGAAGCGAGAGACUCACGUCGACGUCGAGUACCUGGCCCAGCCAUUAUCACGAGGCUGGCUGAAAUGGGCGAUGUCCGCAGUGCCGUCAACUCCCUCGAGUUUCUGUGCUUGAGAAGGGGAGAUGGAUCGGAGUGGUCCGGCACCGUUGCGGCGAAGGCAAAACGGCCAUCGAAAGACAAGGAGAGCUUGGCAUUGACGGAGGUGGAAAAGAAUUCUCUGCAGUUGGUCUGUCAGCGUGAAACAACUCUCGACAUGUUCCAUGCAGCAGGCAAAAUCGUCUACAACAAACGCGAAGAUCCUCGCGUAUUAGACACUAGAGCUCAACCACCACCAAAACCACCGGAUCAUCUUAUGCAUUUGUACACUCCAAAGGCGUCCCAAGUGGAUAUCGAAGCAUUGCUGAACGAGACUGGCACGGACAUUCAGACGUUCAUUUCCACGCUACACGAAAAUUACAUCCUCUCAUGCAACGGCGAUGCGUUUGAGGCGUGUUUCGAUGGCUGCUCCGACAUCCUCUCCACAAGUGAUGUCCUAAAUCCGGAGAGCCGUCCAAUUAGGCGGCGCCAUAAUAACUCGAAUCCCAAUAUCGGGAUAACGCAGUCGAAUCUUCAAGCAGGAUCGUCGGACAUGCUCCGGCAGGACGAAAUCAGCUUCCACGUUGCUACCAGAGGCCUGUUAUUCAACUUGCCAUAUCCAGUCAAUCGAGCGGCGGCCACGAUACCGGGUGGUAAAAGAGGAGAUUCUUUCAAAGUGUUCUACCCCGCGAGUCUGAGACUGUGGAAACCAAUCGAGGAGAUGGAGGGUCUCUUGGAGAUGUUUGUCUAUGGCGAGGGGGUCUGGGCUGGAAGAGCCGGGGGAUCUUCUGUUUUUGCAACUGGGAGUGGGAUGAAGACCCUGGCCCCAGGCGGUGAUGGUGGCGUUGCGAAUUGGCGAACGAAAGAUUUUGUGCUGAACAGGGCCACCAGUGCCUCCUCGACACGAGUUGAACUAGAACCACCAGACACAUCCAUCCCUCAUGACGGGCCUGAAGGCGAAGAAGGAACCGAAAACAACCCACCCCCUCCGGUCGUACAUUCCAGAUAUACAUUGACAAUCGAGCUUUUGCCGUACAUGACUCGCAUCCUUGCGGCCAGGAGACAAGAUACAACUAUCAUGGAGAAGAUCACCAAGUUCAAGCCUACCAGCUACCUUUCCCUGGAUGAAGCAGGGUUUGAGGAAGACGACAUGGCUAUGAAUGUCAUAUCUGGCGGAGGGAUCGGGCAAAUGCAGACUCCAGCUCCAGUCACCGGAAGCGCAACGGGACCAGGUGUCAGCAAUACCCGCGUCGGAGGAGGUUUCGGCUCGACGCAAAGUCUUAGGGACUUGAAGAAUAACGCGCCAGCCGUGGCGGCGAUGGGCGUGGAGAAACUGUACAUCUCCGACGACGACAUCGAGGACGAUUAA